ACACACAGAUAGAUAUACAGAAAUUCACUCAAACACAGACUGUCGGUUUACCAAUUCUCAGAGAGCACACUCGCCGGCAGAUCCCACUUUUCACUCACAGCUGAACUCACACACAACACACACACACACUGAAAGAGGUCCCUCAGCCGCCGUCCAAACACCAGAGCACACCUCAUUUUUACACAUUAUAGCUCACACAGAUCAUACACAGAGAGCCAACAAGUCCACUGUCCGCCGCCCAGCUUCACCACUUUACGCCCAAAAGUGCCAUAAUCACUUUGCAAUUUCAGUUUGUUAAGCUUCGGCCAGUUCCAAACUUCGGAGUUUUCUGUUUUUAUCAAAAACUGCUGAAAGCUUAAAGCAGAAAUCAUGGGUAAAUUCUUGACUGUAAUGACUCAACUUCAUACUCUUGCUGGGCCAGUGGUGAUGUUGCUCUAUCCUCUAUAUGCAUCUGUGGUGGCAAUAGAGAGCACAUCGAAGCUGGAUGAUGAGCAAUGGCUUGCUUAUUGGAUUCUCUAUUCUUUUCUCACUCUCAUGGAGAUGGUCCUUCAGCCCGUGCUUCAAUGGAUACCAAUUUGGUAUGAUGUGAAGUUGGCGGUAGUGGCAUGGUUGGUACUUCCACAGUUCAGAGGAGCUGCUUUUAUCUAUGAGAAGUUUGUUAGGGAAAAGCUCGUCAACAAAUAUGGAGCUUCAUAUUUCAGAGACAAGUCUCCCUCUCCAGCCAAGGUGGAGCGUGAAACCCAGUGAGGAUCGAGGAGGUGUAGGAUUAAUCUACAGAUGUGAAAGCUUUCCUCUUUCGUUUUCUAAUCAGCGAAGGAUUACACUGUAUUUUAGUGCUGUAGAUCACAUGAGCAUUGGUGCUGAUUAUGUGGAUGUCGUGAAUGUUUAUCAUCACUUUAAUAUAUACAAUCUGUUUGCUUGUUAACGGAAGUCCCCAUUUCUUCCAA